AUGGCCCCCGCCAGUCCCCUGGGUGCCGUGGGAAGCUCGGGCUGCUCGGCUGCGCGUUGAGAGCCGCACAUGCCGCUGGGAGCGGCGGCGGGGAGCGGCCGCGCUCGGAUGGGGCUGCGGCUGCCGCUGCGCCGGAGCGCCAGCUUCGCCCCGGACCAGCCCCCCGCCAUGGACGCAACGGGGCCCACCGCCCUCAGGAUGGAAGCGAACGUCCUCGUGAUGGGGGCGGACAACGUGGGGAAAUCAGCUCUGACUGUGCGUUUCCUGACCCGACGCUUUAUUGGGGAAUACGGAGACAUGGAAUUCAUCUACAGCCAUAACCUGACCUUGGAUGGCCGAGAGAUUCUCUUCCACAUCUGGGAUGUCCCCAGUUCCCAGGAGCAGGCAGAAGAGGAGGAGAAGCGUAUCCAGUGGGCAGAUAGCUUUGUCUUGGUCUACAGCAUCUGUGACCGUGCCAGCUUCAACAUCCUGCCCCUCAAAGUCCAGUUCAUCAAGGCGGCCAAGGAGGGGCAAAGCCAGGAGAAGGUGCCCAUCGUCAUCGUGGGCAACAAACGAGACCUGCAGCACCAGCGGGCAGUGUCCAGUGAGGAGGGUCGGCUCCUGGCCCUCUCUCUAGACUGUGGUUUCUACGAGGUCUCUGCAGCUGAGGCUUAUCACGGGGCCCUCAUGGUCUUCCAUGGACUGGCUGAGCGCAUUCCUGACACCAAACUGGCACUGAAGAAGGGCACAGGGAUCCGGGGCAUCGUCAAGACCAUGUCGGCUGUGUUUGCCCGUAAGCGAACGGACUCUCUCUGAGCAUGGGUGUUGCUUCUGUCUGUGCUGCCUGGCUGGGCCAAGCCUCCUCCCUGGCUGCCCAAGGAGAUGGUUGUUGUUGUUGUGAAGGCAAUAAUCACUCAAAUACGUAGAGGGUCUAAGUAAUGCACGUGCAGAGACGUACAGGGGCAACGUAGUACAACCACCAGAGCUGACCCGAAGCCACCCUUCCUUUGCUAGCUACCUCCUUAUAUGCUGCUUCUGCCCAUGAGAUCACCCAGGGCCCAAUUGAUUAACUUGCAGCACCUGUUUCUGAAGUAGCAUGCCAGCUGCAUUAACUUAUCCCUACCAUCUUUAUUCAAGCUGGCUGGUCCAAGCUACGUCUGUGCCUACAAUUCCCCCCUUUUUCUUUUUUGAA